AUGCAGGACGGUCGUGCACCACGCAUAAAAAAUCGGGCCCCCGCGGCUAUCCAGAUUACCGCGGAGCAGCUCUUGCGGGAGGCUCAAGAGCGGCAGGAAAGUGCCUUCCGGGCGCCAAAGCAGCGCGUUGAAGAUUUCGAAGAACUGCAUGAAUAUCGAGGGCGAAAGCGGAAAGAAUUUGAAGAGCGGGUUCGAAGAACGAGAGGCAGUAUCAAAGAAUGGCUGCAAUACGCCAACUGGGAGGCCAGCCAAAACGAAUUUGCACGGUCCCGAUCUGUGUAUGAACGAGCGCUCGACGUCGACCCACGGAGUAUCCAGCUAUGGCUAUCAUACACAGAAAUGGAACUGCGCUCACGGAACGUCCAGCACUCACGCAACCUUUUUGAUCGAGCGGUCACUCUUUUACCUCGCGUUGACCAACUAUGGUACAAGUAUGUCUAUCUAGAAGAGUUGUUGCAAAAUGUUCCCGGUGCGCGCCAGGUGUUUGAGCGGUGGAUGCAGUGGGAGCCAGACGACAAGGCUUGGCAGGCAUACAUCAAACUUGAAGAACGGUACAACGAACUGGACAGGGCGAGUGGCAUCUAUGAGCGAUGGGUAGCUGUGCGGCCGGAUCCCAGAGUAUGGGUCAAAUGGGGGAAAUUCGAGGAAGAGAGACAGAGGAUGGACAAGGCUCGCGAGGUCUUCCAGACUGCACUCGAAUUCUACGGUGACGAUGAGGAGCAGAUUGAAAAAGCACAGGCAGUUUUUAGCGCCUUCGCCAAAAUGGAGACCCGAAUGAAGGAGUAUGAUCGUGCCAGGGUGAUCUACAAGUUCGCAUUAGAACGGAUACCUCGGUCCAAAUCGAGCGGUCUGUAUGCUUCGUAUACCAAGUUCGAAAAGCAGCAUGGUACCCGCUCGACUCUCGAGAGCACAGUUUUGGGAAAGCGACGUAUACAGUAUGAGGAGGAGUUGUCACACGACGGUCGUAAUUACGAUGUCUGGUUUGACUACGCAAGGCUAGAAGAAAACGGUUACCGGGAUCUUCGGUCAGAAGGGGGUACGCAAGAGGAGGAGGAUGCCGCUGCAGGGAGGGUACGGGAAGUUUACGAGAGAGCCGUGGCACAGGUUCCACCUGGCGGUGAAAAACGGCAUUGGCGGCGGUACAUAUUUUUGUGGAUCGAUUACGCUCUUUUUGAAGAGAUAGAGACUAAAGAUUAUGAGCGAACGCGGCAAAUUUACCAGACGGCACUCAACAUAGUCCCUCACAAGGUUUUCACAUUUGCAAAGUUAUGGGUGAUGUUUGCCAAGUUUGAAGUACGGCGUCUCGACCUGCCUGCGGCAAGAAGGAUUCUGGGUGCCGCCAUUGGCAUGUGUCCGAAAAAAGCACUGUUCAAGCAAUAUAUUGAACUUGAGAUAGAGCUUCGUGAAUUUGACCGGGCUCGUCAGCUGUAUCAAAAGUACCUAGAGUUUGACUCCGCAAACUCUACCGCGUGGAUCAAGUUCGCCGAGCUCGAAGCACAACUGCAUGAUUUUGCUCGGGCGAGGGCGAUCUUCGAACUCGGGGUGUCACAAAGCCCACUUUCGAUGCCAGAAAUCCUAUGGAAGUCGUAUAUUGACUUUGAGGUGGAAGAAGGCGAGAGGGAGAUAGCCCGUUCAUUGUACGAGCGGCUGAUCGCUCUGAGCGGGCAUGUUAAAGUGUGGAUAUCGUACGCACUCUUCGAGGCGGAGCCUAUUCCUCUACCGCGUGCUAUGAGGGAAGAAGAGGAAGAAAAUGAAGAUGACGAGGCCGAGCAGCGCAUGGUGGCUGGAGAUCAUGACUUGGCCCGGAAAGUGUUCGACCGCGGUUACAAAGAUCUCAAGAGCAAGAGCUUGAAGAGCGAGCGUGUUGCAUUGCUCGAAGUCUGGAAGAGCUUCGAGGAGACCAAUGGAACACCCGAUGAUGUCGCCAAGGUCCAAGGAAUGAUGCCGAUUGUCAGUAAGAAGCGGCACGUCGACCAAGAAACUGGGCAGACCGUGGAAGACUGGGAUCUGGUGUUUGCGGACGACGAACGGGAGUCCAACCCUACGUCUUUCAAGUUCUUGCAGAUGGCGCAUGCUUGGUCCCGGUCUCGGAAUGCCCAAGGGGGUGGAUCAUCGGCGACAUUGUCUGGAUUUACCGUUGCACAGAAUACGGAGGCAGAUGAUGCUGCUAGUUCUCACGGUGGAGAUGAUUGA